GAGAUCUCGACCCAACAUUCGUCAGACCAGAUAUUUAGGAAAGGCAAGAGAUAAGCACCUUCUCGAAGGGUCGAAAAGAAAACCAAAAACAAACUUAAUUUACAAUAUUACAAAAUAAUAAAAAACAAGAAGUCUAAAAAAGGCACUUACCCAAAACAAUCCCAAAACAACAACGACCUCCAAAGAUGGCGCCCAAGAACAAAGGCGGAGACAAGAAAGGCAAGGGAAACGAUGGAGGUGAUAAGGGCGGCAAGGGAUUGAAACCGGCUACUUCGAUUAAUGUGCGGCAUAUUCUUUGCGAGAAACACUCCAAGAAGGAGGAGGCUCUGGAGAAGCUCCGCAAUGGGUCCAAGUUUGAUGAUGUUGCUAGGGAGUUCUCGGAGGAUAAGGCGAGACAGGGUGGUUCUCUUGGCUGGAAGGUCCGGGGAAGUCUUGAUGGCACAUUUGAGAAGGCAGCAUAUGAACUCGAGCCUAGUACGACGGCAAACCCGAAGUAUGUGGAGGUGAAGACUGGAUUUGGAUACCAUAUUAUCAUGGUUGAGGGGCGGAAGUAAAGCAUAACUUCCUUAUGCAAAAAUUAAUCAUUCUAUCCGAAAGGGUAUGGAGACUAUUAAAUUGAGAUAAUACCAUGUUAAGACAAACUACGAUAACGAAUUCAUGAACUAAUCAAAA